GCGCCCUGAGCAUCUUUCCCAAAUGAGACCAAUAAGCUUGUGUAAUGUGGCCUAUAAAGCCAUCAUGAAGCUGAUUACUACUCGGUGUCUCUCUCUCAUGAGCACGAACAGAAACAUCACAUAUAUUAUUAUGGCUCAAGAGGUAGUGCAUUCCAUGAAGCUAAAAAAAGGUAAAGUGGGUUGGAUGGCCAUUAAAGUUGGCCUCAAGAAAGCAUACGGCAGAUUGUGGUGGGAGUUCAUCAAUGAUACUUUGCAAGAUGUUAGAUUUCCCCUUAUUUUAUUGAAAGAAUUAUGACUUGUAUUAUUUCAGCCUCUAUGAGUGUGCUCUGGAUUGGUGAAAGAACAUGUGUUUAAGCCUUCCCGUGUUGUCCGCUAGGGCGAUUCUUUAUCACCAUAUGUUUUUAUGCUAUGCAUCGAGCAUCUAUCUCAUUGUAUUCAAAUUACAUUUAACAACAAUCAAUUUCGUCCUAUUCGAUUAGAUAACAGUUGUCCCGGACUCACAUUUAUUUUUUACUGACGACCUUCUUUUAUUUGUUGAGGCCUUCGUGGAGCAGAUGCAAGUUAUUCAAUUGGUCGGAAAGUCAGCACAACAAAGACUCAUAUUUUUUUUCUGUCGCAAUAUGGCUAGCAGCCUGAAACAGGAGAUUAGAAGAUGCUUUGGCUUCUCGCAAACUAACAACCUGGGCAAGUACUUAGGCAUGAUGUUGAUUCAUGACCGUAUCACUAAGAAUACUUUCAAGAGCAUUUCUGAGAAGAUCAAGCUGAAGCUUAGUGGUCGGAAAGCUGAUCAUCUCUCUUUGGCAGGCAGGAUAACUUCAGGGGAUUCCAACUUUCACAACGUAAACCGAAUUUAUCCUCCAAUAUGGGAUCUUGGUCUAGACACUCUAAUUUGGAAUUUCUCCAAGAGUGGCCAAAUUACUAGCAAAUUAGCCUUUGAGUUCAUUGUUGGUGAUUGUGAUUUUGCUGGUGUUAAUGUCUGGUCAAGGAUCUACAAAUGGAGAGGUCUUCAAAGGAUUCAAUCUACUCUAUGGUUGGUUGCUCAUCAGCGUCUUGCUUCAGCAAGUUUGUGUGCUAGACAUUCGAUCAUCCCCUCAACAAUGUAUGGCAGAUGCAAGUCGAGUGAUGAAGACACAAAUCAUGCUGUAAGAGAUUGUCUGUUUGCUAAGUGUAUUUGGUAACGUUUAGUCAAAUGCGAGUACUGGACUACUUUCUUCAACUUAAAUAUAUAGAUCUAGGUUAAUGCAAAUCUUAGCCAUUCCAAAUGGAGUGCUAUUGAUGGUAUUGAUUGAAAUUUGUUGUUUGGCGUCUCGAUAUUGGAAAUUUGGA